AUGGCGGCCUCGGUCACUUCCAAGAUGGCAGCGAGGGCUGGUGGAGGGCUGUUCAGUCGCGAGCAGUCAGGCAACGUGCCGACGAUGCGAGAUGCCGGCCUGAACGGUUACCAGAAGAAGAAAUACGUCUGCAAGCUCCUGUACAUAUACAUUCUCGGAUGGAACGUCGAUUUCGGACAUCUCGAAGCCGUCAACCUCAUCUCGGCGACCAAAUACUCGGAAAAACAGAUUGGAUAUCUCGCCGUCACCCUCUUCCUCCACGAGGAGCACGAACUGCUGCACCUGGUUGUUAACAGCAUCAGGAAGGACCUGCUGGACCACAAUGAGCUCAACAACUGCCUCGCGCUGCAUGCGAUUGCAAACGUCGGUGGCAAGGAGUUGGGAGAGGCAUUGAGUGCAGAGGUCCACCGCCUCCUCAUCUCACCGGCCUCCAAAGCAUUCGUCAAGAAGAAGGCUGCUCUCACUCUACUGCGUCUAUACCGGAAACACCCUGCCAUCGUACAGCACGAAUGGGCUGAACGAAUUAUAUCGCUCAUGGAUGAUCCCGAUAUGGGUGUGGCCCUCUCCGUCACCUCAUUGGUCACAGCACUGGUCCAGGACAACACCGAACAAUACAAGGGAAGCUACGUAAAGGCAGCGAACAGAUUGAAGCGCAUAGUCGUCGACAACGAGUGCGCCGAAGGCUACUUCUACUACAAGGUCCCCUGUCCAUGGAUAUUAGUCAAGCUGCUAAAACUCCUGCAAUACUACCCACCACCAGAGGACUCGCAUAUUCGGCAACUCAUUCGCGAAGCCCUUCAGAAGAUUAUGGACUCGGCCCUAGAGAUGCCCAAGAACGUACAACAAAACAAUGCGCAGAACGCUGUCCUCUUCGAAGCAAUCAACCUAGUCAUCCACCUUGAUACGGAACAGGACCUCAUGGUACAAAUCUCACAGCGACUGGGCAAGUUCAUUGCAUCACGGGAAACCAACGUGCGAUAUCUGGGACUGGAGGCGAUGACACAUCUGGCUGCUCGAUCCGAAAACCUCGACCCCAUCAAGAAGCAUCAGGCAAUCAUCAUCGGAUCGCUAAGAGACAGGGAUAUCAGUGUGCGACGACAGGGUCUGGAUCUGCUCUACAGCAUGUGCGAUCCGACAAAUGCGCAAGCAAUCGUGGGCGAACUCCUCCGGUACCUACAAUCGGCCGACUAUGCGAUACGAGAAGAGAUGGUACUGAAGAUUGCCAUCCUAACUGAGAAGUACGCCACAGAUGUUCAAUGGUAUGUCGACAUAUCGUUGCGCCUGAUUGCCAUGGCCGGAGACCAUGUUAGCGACGAAGUAUGGCAGCGAGUUAUCCAAAUCACGACCAACAACGAGGAGCUACAGGUAUACGCCGCACAGACUAUCCUACAGUACAUCAAAUCAGAUUGCCACGAGACGCUGGUAAAGAUUGGAGGUUACCUACUUGGAGAGUUUGGCCACUUGAUCGCCGACAGCAAAGGGUGCAGUCCGAUCGAGCAGUUCCUGGCGUUGAGCGCAAAGAUGCGAGGAUGUUCGUCAAGUACGCGAGCGAUACUACUCUCAUGCUAUGUCAAGUACGUGAACCUCUUCCCGGAGAUCAAGCCACAGCUCCUGCAAGCGUUCCGCGCGUACAGCCAUUCUCUCGAUUCGGAACUCCAGCAGAGAGCAUGUGAAUACCUCACACUCGCCACGAUGCCGACCGACGACCUGUUACGAACUGUAUGCGACGAGAUGCCUCCCUACCCCGAACGAACAUCAGCAUUACUCUCACGAUUACACCAGAAGCACGCCACGACUAGCGACAAGCGGACAUGGGUGGUCGGUGGUAAAGAUGCAAAUGCGGAUCUCAAGGAGUUUGGUCUUUCACGGCAAAAGUCAUCUGCUGGUGUGAAGCGAAGUUUUACGGAGCCGGUUCCGAAGGAUGCAAAGACCGGCGCUGCGAAUGGCACAAACGGCGCUGCCGCGAUAUCGAGCGACCUGGAGGGUCUGGAUCUGAACAUGGACGUCAAUGCUCUCAAGGCACCGAACCUCGCAAGCGCCGCGCAUCUUAGUCCAGACUGGGAAAUCGGCUACACUCGUCUGCUGCUCCGCCCCGAAGGUGUGCUGUACGAAGACCAGCAAAUACAAGUUGGUCUUCGUACAGAGUACCGAGGGCAAUUGGGCGCUCUCAUCUUUUACUUCACCAACAAGUCAAAGUUUGCAAUGGGCUCGUUCACCACAACGCUCGACAACAGGUCUUCAGAAACGCUAAAGACGGAUAUCAAGGGCCUUCCCGACACCACAAUUCCGCCAGAAGGUCAAACACAGCAAACGAUCAUGUUUGAGUGCAAAAAUGUCUUCAUCGACCCACCUACCAUCCGCAUAUCCUACCUUGCAGGUGCUCUACAAGGCCUGACCCUACAACUCCCAGUGCUCCUCCACAAAUACAUGGAGGGCGCUGAACUGAGUGCAGAAGACUUCUUCAAGCGCUGGAAGCAGAUUGGCGGUGCACCUCGUGAGGCACAAAGCAUCUUCGGUCUCGUCAGUAAAAACCGAACUAUGAACACGGACUUUGUACAAAAAGUAGUCAAGGGCUUCAAGUGGGGUAUCGUCUCCGGUGUGGAUCCCAAUGUGAAGAAUGUCGUGGGUGCAACAGUACUCCAUUCAAGUGAGGGCAAGUUUGGCUGUCUGCUGAGACUGGAACCCAACUUUGAGACUCAGAUGUACCGCAUCACUAUCCGUGCUACUGACGAAUCCGUACCGCCUGUCUUGGUCAAGGCCAUGGAAGACCGACUCUCACAGGGCAUUGAGGGAAUGGCCUAG